AUGAAAUCGUCGCUGUUUAUAUUGCUAAUUGCCUUGAAGCCAGCAUUCGCUGCUACUGGACUUGCGCCUAAGAAGUACCUCAGUUUACCACUAGGCGCCGUCAAACCAUCAGGAUGGCUAUUGGAUCAACUCAAAGUCCAGGCUAAUGGUCUGGCAGGUCAUGAACACGAGUUCUACAGCUAUGUCUCACAGACUGAUUGGAUGGGUGGAGACUCUUUUUACUCGAACUUGGAAGAAGCCGGAAGCUAUUGGUUUUCGACUUCGCAGAAUGCCAUGGUACCUAGCGGUAUUUUGGCCAACAGUUCUGAAAUCAAUGCGAAGACCUCUGCAUUCCUGUCAUAUGUACUCUCCCACCAAGAUUCUACUGGGUGGCUUGGACCAGAAGUUAAUACCACUAAACCUCGCUUUCUAUGGGGAAGGUAUCCCUUCAUGCUUGGUGCUAUUCAAAUGGCCGAGUAUGAUUCUACAUUAACCACUCCUGUUGUUAAUGCUUUAUAUAAAUUUGUGACUCUGGCAAACACUAUGCUGCAUGCCGGUCAAGGUUUAGAGCAAUGGACAGAAUCACGAUGGGAAGAUUUCGUCAUUGUCCUACAGUGGCUCUAUGAUAACCAUCCCAAUGGACAGGAAGAUCUGCUCAUUGACACUAUGCAACAAUUGAGAGCCACCGGGAUUCCCUGGGAAAAGGUUUUCAGUCCACAGUACUUCCCUACAACCCCAGUCGAAAAUAUUCCAAACCCGCUCAACCUACCCAUCGCGUGGCAUGGUGUGAAUGUGGCAGAGGCGCUUAAAGCUUUGCCAGCAGCCUUCCGUUUUAGUCAUAAUCAGUCAGAUCUCGACGCCGCAAGUCAGGGCUGGGACUUACUCUUCCAGUACCAUGGUCGACCUUCCGGUAUCUUCGCUGCUGAUGAAUAUCUCGCAGGCUUGGAAGCUGCUCGAGGAACAGAAUUAUGCCUGGUCGUGGAAACUAUGUUUUCUGGCUCCUAUCUUUACCAAGUGAUCGGCGAUCCAAAGUUCGCAGAUAGGAUUGAACGGAUCACAUAUAAUGCCCUCCCUGCUACAUUGACCGGAGACAUGUGGUCUAGACAAUACCUUCAACAACAGAAUCAAAUAGCCGCCAAGAACAUGAAUCCAUCAUAUUCCAAUGUCUUCGGACUCGACCCCAAUUACCCCUGUUGUACGGUCAACCACCCACAGGGGUGGCCGAAGUUUGUCUCAAAUGCAUUCCUUACCACUCCUGACCAAGCCUCGCUCGUUAACAUUUACCUGGGUCCAUUCGAGACAUCGACAACAUUGAGUUCAGGGAACCGGGUCAAAGCCGUUGUUGAUACACAAUACCCCUUCAGUGAUACACUGACCACAACAUUAACAGCUAGCAAGGCAUUUACCUACUAUGUGCGCAUUCCAAGCUGGGUUGUUGGUGGAACUAUCAGUAUCAACGGUGGCUCUGCUCAGCCAGUCAGCCCAGUAAAUGGCCUCCAAGCUGUCUCGGCUGCUGCAGGGACAACUAAAUUUGUCCUUAAUCUGCCUGCCCCGAUCACAACUGAGAGCAGACCUCAUGGAUCUAUUGCCGUACACCGUGGACCACUUCACUAUGCAUUCGACAUUGCCAGGAGCCAGAAGGUUCUGGCUCAAAAUAGCCAGCAGCCACUUGCAGUGGACCUGGAAUUUGAUGCUACAGUUAACUGGGAGUACGCGAUAGAUCCAUCAACAUUGAAAUUCAAUUCUGGAAUCACUACUCCUGCUCUUCCAUCCCCAAUUUUCGACUCAGGGAAGCCGCCUCUGACAAUCUCUGCAACCGCUUGCCCGAUCGCAUGGGCAGUAGCCGGAGACACAUUCGCUUCGUCCCCCCCAACAAAUCCAAAUUGCACGGGUGCUCAAACCACUAUCACACUGAGCCCGUAUGGGGCUACCAAGUUGAGGAUAGGUGAAUUCCCAGUUUUCCAGUCCAAGUGA